AUGAAUAUGUUGGAUGAUGAAGAUGACCAAAGCUUUCACGCUACGCGUGACGGCUACUCCCAUUUGAGCGAUGUCGAAUGGGAUGCGGUUGAACGAAUGGGUUCGACCAUGGGCAUCCAUGCUGUUAGCGUCAUGCUAGAGGCUCUCAAUAGAGAUGCCCAACAUGCUACUAUCGCCAAGUUCAUUCAAAAUGAACUUGACGCAGAACGCGAGAAAGUAGCCUUGCUUCACCAACAAGGUUCUCAACAAGCAGAGUUGUUGAGAGAACAAGGUGCUCAACAGUUUGAACUGUUGAGACAGCAGCAGGCUGCUGCUGGCGGGUCGAUGCACUCGCGUCGGCCCGAGACUUUGAAGAUUGACAUCUCAAAGUAUAGGGGGUCGAAGAGGACUCCCCUCUUGAGAUGGUUCGUCGAAUUGGAUGACGCCAUAAGGGCGCGUCGCAUCGACGACGGGGAUAUGCAAGUUGCAUUUGCCCAGUCAAAUCUGGCAGGACGUGCCAAGACUUGGGCACUGGGGCUCAAGCUGCACGACCCAUACGCGUUUGGGUCGUUGGAAGUCUUCAAGUCGCGGCUUAGACAAACGUUUGAACCGCCUAGAGCUGAGUUCAGAGCUCGAGCCGAACUCUUGAAGCUCAAGCAGGGUAAGCGUGAUGUGCACGCUUACGCUCAACAUAUACGACAUCUCACGAGUUGUAUAAGUUCCAAUCCGGUGGAUGAACACACGUUGGUUUCGGUGUUCAUGCAGGGUCUUAACGGAUCCUAA